AUGUCGUCAGAAAUUGAGGCUCUGCGGCAACAGCUUCGGGCAGCGCAGCAACGCGAGGCAGAUGCGCAACGACGUGAACAAGAAGCAGAACGACUUCGCGAAGAAGAGCAACGACUCCGCGAAGAAGCAGAACAACGGGAACAAGAAGCAGAACGACUUCGCGAAGAAGCAGAACAACUUCGCGAAGAAGCAGAACAACUCCGCGAAGAAGACCGACAGCGCUACGAACGGAGGACCGGAAAGACCACGCUACCCGAGUUCCUCGAUGCAUGCCAUACUCACCUUUGCCUAGGUCUGACCAUUCAACCUGAUAGUACACAGUCCACGCAAGGCGAUGCCGCAAACGCACAUCACAAACCCCGCCCUGAACGAAUCUUGCCAUGGCCAGAGUUUGACUCGGAGCAGGCACGUACGUGGGUCGAUUUGAUGGAGUCAGAAUUCGUCCUUGAACGACACUUUACCUCUUUGCAUACACUGGCAGAGUCAGGAGAAGCCGUUCGCCGGCGCCAGAUGGGGUCAGAGCUAGACCUUCAUACCUUUGCUCGACUCACCUUGGAGGAUCCGGUAUCCCAGAUCAUCGAGCGGUUCUCUAAAGACAGCGUAUUACGCCAUUGUUUUGGUCUCAAAGGCUCAGUCAAGUUUGAAAACCACAGUAACACACUCAGUCCGGAUCGAACAACAGAGGAAAUGCAAUCUCUUAGCAUCGCUGAUAACCCGCGACGGUCGGAACGCCUUCGAGCCCCUGCAAAAAACCUGGGAUGGACUGAUUCUUCCAAGUCAUCGGAAUCCGUAACGACAACUCCCCGUCCUCGCGCAGAUCAGUUCUGCGUUUACAAUGUCGGUGGUGAGGGAGAGACUGAGCGCCGAGUGACCGCGCUGACGAUCGAAUACAAAGCUCCUCAUAAGUUGACCUUAGGGCAUAUUUAUAAAGGUCUUGCCGAGAUGAACCUGGACGAGGUUGUGGAAGUAAGCAAGAAUGAAAGUGUGGCAAUUCGCUGUCGUCGUUUGGUGGCCGCGGUGAUCACGCAAGGCUUCUCAUAUAUGGUGAAGGCUGGGGUGGAAUAUGGCGAGAUCUACACUGGUGAAGCAACAAUAUUCUUGCGCAUUCCUGAUGAUCCCUCGACCGUGUACUACUCUCUAUCUGUUCCAAAAGGAGAUGUCGGGCCGUCCACUGGCUGGGACGAGCGUGGAAAUGAGCCCAAUCGAUUGCAUAUGACCGCGGUUGGUCAGGCUAUAGCGUUUACUCUUCGCGCGCUUAAAACGCCUCCACGCAGUGCACAAUGGAUAAGGAAAGCUCUGCGUCAGCUCAAGACAUGGAAUGUCGUCGUUAAGGAGGUCGAGGAUGCCGUCGCCGAUGACGAAGUUCCGUCUUCGGAGUAUCGCCCUUCACCAAGGGUCACUCGGGAUAUUAUACGGUCACCGAUCCAAUUCCGACCUCGCAGGAAGAACAUAUACGUGGGAAGUUGUGCUUCGGUGACGUCUUCUUUCAGCAGCGAUGAUGACAACCAUCAUCCCGACACACCAAGUCGUCCUCAACCGCCUCCAAAAAGCGGAAACACUAUUACUUCCCCCAACCAACCAUCACAAUCUACCAAACGUGGUGGGACCGAAGGUGGUGGGAAAAAGGGGGCUUCUAGCGAGACUCAUCGGCAAAAGAACUUAGGUCGAUUUUGUACGCCAAACUGCCUAAUGGGUAUGGUAGAUGGGGGAGAACUCGAUUGGCAGUGUCCGAAUGUCAAGGAACAUGGAAAAGGUCGUCAUCAACUCGACCGUAAUACAUUCAUGCGACAUAUCCGCGAGUUGUUGCGCAGUCAGCUUGACUAUUGUGUGACAAUGAACGUUCAUGGAGCUCGAGGAGCUUUUUUCAAGGUCAAGUUACCUGGAUUUGGGUACACCGUUGCCGCGAAAGGCACCGGGAUUGAGUGUGUUAAAGAUCUGAUGCACGAAUCAACAAUUUACCAUCGUCUCCUUCCUGUUCAGGGGAAGUGCGUACCUGUGCACCUAGGAGAGACGAAAGUGGACAGUAUAUUAUACUACGCAGGAGCCGUUCGUAUUGUCUAUAUGAUGUUUCUAAGCUUUGGAGGAUUCCAAUUACGAUCGCCAAUCUCACAAACUCUCGCUGACGACGCCAUCUCCGGUCUGCAUGCCAUACAUCAGUUGGGAGUACUACAGGGUGAUCCAGCAGCCCGGAACAUUCUCGUCCACCCGGAUCGGCCAGGAAUUACCUGGAUUGACUUUGAACGAGCCGAGUUCAUACGCCCACGAGCGGUACUCGGAACUCUAUCUCCAAAUCGGAAACGAAAGCCUGGCUGGUCUCCCGAAGAAGGGAAGUGUGAGAAUGGAAAGAGCAGCAAGAAGAUACCUGCAUCAGAGAUAGGUCAAGCUAAGACGGAGCUGGCGAGAUUGGUGGUGAAGCAGGGGGUAGUCAUUUCUACAGAUGCCGACCUCAUUCGGCCCGGAACGCGUAUCAGGAGCGGAAGCAGUCUGAUAGCAGGAUGA